GGAACAUUAUUUGUAUGAUUUCAGAUUGCUGACGAAGAAGAUUAUUUCUUAUAGAUGAAGACAAAAAUAUUAUGUGUAGAUAAAUCCUUUAAGUAAUACAUUACCUGUCGAAUAUGGAUGAUGAAGAAGGAACCUCAAGUUCUGGACCUAUGUCUUCGUUGAACAGUUUAUUCUCGUUUACCAGCCCCGCUGUGAAAAAAUUGCUUGGAUGGAAACAAGGGGACGAAGAAGAGAAAUGGGCGGAGAAAGCGGUUGAUUCGUUAGUGAAAAAACUGAAGAAGCGCAAAGGAGCGAUCGAAGAACUAGAGCGAGCAUUGAGCUGUCCCGGCACACCAAGCAAAUGCGUAACAAUUCCUCGAAGUUUAGAUGGUAGAUUACAGGUUUCCCACCGUAAAGGCUUGCCACAUGUGAUAUACUGCAGAGUCUGGCGAUGGCCAGAUCUUCAGUCGCACCAUGAACUAAAACCAUUGGAAUUAUGUCAAUAUCCAUUCUCCGCCAAACAGAAGGAAGUUUGUAUUAACCCCUAUCAUUAUAAAAGAGUGGAGAGCCCAGUGCUGCCGCCGGUAUUGGUUCCUAGACACUCAGAAUAUGCUCCUGGCCAUUCUCUGUUGCCUUUUCAACAAUUGGCCGAUCCAAGCAUGCCACACAAUGUGUCCUACUCAUCUAGUGGCUUCAACGCUAGCUCUACAGGCGGCGUCAAUCCGACAUCACCCAUGUCUUCUGUCGGUUCCGUGCCAAGCCCAGGGAGUGCAACCUUACCGAAUCCUCAAAGCCCGUAUGGUACUAAUGGAUUACCAGAGACGCCACCGCCGGCAUACUCUCCGCCUGAGGAUGGCUCACAAACCGGACAAACCUCGUCAUCAGAUUCGGUUCCAAUGGAUACGAGCGCGCCCAUCGAAUCAGCUACACCUGUGUGUUAUCAAGAACCACCCUAUUGGGCCUCGAUUGCUUACUACGAGCUAAAUUGCCGAGUGGGCGAGGUAUUUCAUUGUCAGACGCAUUCGGUGGUUAUUGACGGCUUCACAAACCCGAGCAAUAACUCCGAUCGCUUCUGCCUUGGACAACUGUCCAAUGUAAAUCGAAAUUCCACAAUAGAAAAUACAAGGCGACACAUAGGCAAAGGAGUGCAUUUGUACUACGUGGGAGGCGAGGUUUAUGCCGAAUGUCUCUCAGACUCGGCAAUAUUUGUACAAUCUAGGAAUUGUAAUCACCAUCAUGGAUUUCAUCCCAGCACAGUUUGUAAAAUUCCACCAGGAUGCUCGUUAAAGAUAUUCAACAAUCAGGAAUUUGCUCAGCUUCUCUCGCAAAGUGUAAAUCAUGGUUUCGAAGCUGUCUAUGAGCUAACAAAGAUGUGCACGAUUAGAAUGUCAUUUGUGAAGGGAUGGGGUGCUGAAUAUCAUAGACAGGAUGUUACAUCAACCCCUUGCUGGAUUGAAGCACAUUUGCAUGGACCUUUGCAAUGGUUAGACAAAGUGUUAACACAAAUGGGUCCGCCCCAUAAUGCCAAUUAUAUUAAUAUAAUAAAACUGCUAAUUAAAAUUGAAGCGUAUAAAUCAAUCAACAAUAUCCAGCUAUGCUGA